AUGGAAGUCACGCGAGAGGAGCGGCAGCAAAUGCGACAGCGCGGAGCUGGGACGCGCAAGGCCAAGGAAGUGGAUUUUGGCUUCUCAUUUGGUAGCCCAUUAGCCCAACCAUCAGCGCCCGCGCCGCUUGCUACUGUCCCUGAACCUCAGAAUCCGCCGCAAACACAGACCGCGCCGGCGACAACACCGCCGUUGAAGCCAUCGCAACCAAUAUUGCAAGACUCGAGAGCUGAGCGCACACAUGGAAGUGCGCGUAAUAAGCUCCCAGAACGGCCCUCGACAUAUGACAUACCUCCAGACAGAGGCGAACAAACGCAAAGCAACAAAAGGAGAAAGCUUAGCUCCAACAAUAACACAGAAGAUACCCAUAUUCGUCAAGGUGGCGUGCGGGCAGAGAAUGGAGAUCCGCAGCUUGUUAAUGACAGCGCAAGUCACACAAAGGCGCAACCAAGCUACACCCAAGAAAUUCCUUAUAUGACUACACUAGAACAACAAGAAAAGCGCAGUAAUGGACCUUCAGAACCUCUCAUAUCACCAAUACCGGAGCCUUCUACCGAUUAUCAGACCCGGCGAGACAAGGCCUCCAAUGGCGUGGAACAAGAAAUAGCACCAGCAAUUUCUGCAGCCGAAGGACACUCAGCUCAGGCCAGUUCUUCGGUACCUAGCCAUGCGGAUCCAACAUCGAUCGAAGAAUCACGGACAUCGCCCAAAGCUCCAGAGCCUCAGCUCCAAGUAGCCGCUAUACAACCUGAAAACGCAGAGCAAACAAGCGAGAACCGACACAAAUCCCAGGCAUGGCCUAGUCGUGAGCAAGAGGUCCAACGAAGCAAGAGGGCUGUUGUCCCAAUGACUCAACAAAUAGAAAAAUCAAUCGCAAGAGGCGUACAGCGUGCAAGCCCCGCGGAGGCCCUCGAAACAAACCACGCGCCAACUCUUGACGCGGAUGUUGAAAAUAUUGAGGAGGUUCCUGAGCUGCGAAAUGAGUCAAUGGAGAAAGAGAACCGAGGGUCUCAAGAUCCCUCUACGAAGAUGAAAAAGCCCCGAGGGCGCCCCGGGCGCAAAGCCAUUGCAAGUCAAUCUCCAGAACUGCCUGGGGAAGACAUCAUGCAGGAAUCCGUCACCAUAACACAAGAAGAACCAGCGUCUCUCCAGGCGGGGGUCGCCUCAAAACUCAAGCGGUCCCGUGGUAGACCUGCACAUAAUAAGAAGGCUAUUGGGGCAACCGAGUCUGAGAAUACACCACCUCAACCCGUCUCAGUCGCCACCGAAGCCUCUUCGGGGCCCCGUCGGGGCCGCAAGCCGAUAUCAGCAAACCCCGAUGAUCAACAGGAUCCUGUAAUAGAGCCCACAGUGCCCAAGCCACAGCGCGGUAGGCCUGGGAAGAAGGUCCAACCUCCGGUUGAAUCAGCGCCUGUGGUUGAAGCUGAUGUUGAACCCGAGGCACACAAACUUCAACGAGGCAGACCUGCGAACAAGUCUAAACGUGCUGUGGAGCCCGAAGAGCUUCAAACCGAAGAAGCAGAGGCGGUAUCCAAGUCUCGGCGUGAAAGGUCCGGAAAGAAGGCUAGACACGCAGUGGAGCCAGAACCAGAACCCGAGCCUGCGGUCGAAGAGCUGCCUGGACCUGAAAUGGAGUCCGCAGCGCCUAAACUUCAACGUGGUAGGCCUGGGAAACCCAAGCGCAAUACAGAGCCAGAGCCAGAGCUCCACGUGGAAGCUGAAUCGAGACACGCUGAACCCCGUCGCAAGACUCGAGAGCCUCGCGGAGAAACCGUUGCAGUUACCGUCUAUCGUCUCGCCAAUGUCACUUCUCUUAAUGGCACGGUGUCUACGGCUGAGGGGCUUGGAGAUGACCAAGACUCCGCAGAUGAACUUACCACAAACCAACGAACUAAGAUGCCCAGCCGCGGUGGUGUUAAUCCCGCCGACGUGUUGAGCCAGAUCUGUCGUGAAACUCUGGAGAAAACCCUCAACACACUCAAGGAUGGAAUCGCGAAUGAAGCAAAUGCUACGCGGCGGGCCGAAUGGACACGGAAACGGAAAGCUGUCGAGACAUUUGGCUCCGAGCUUGAAAGUCGCCUCAUGGAUCUAAGUGGGAUUCUUGACAGCAACUUUGUUCUCGGCGUUCAAUUGAAAAAGACCAAACGUGACAUGAUGGAUCUCCGAAGUCAUUUAUACCGGGUUCGUCGAGAACGAGAAAGCGUGGCUUUGCAAAUGGACGCAGUGCGCAGCAAACAUACUGAAGAGGAGAAGGCCAAAACUUCACGAACCAUCAUCAACAAUUCCCUUCACAGUCUAGAACUCGCUCUUGACCGCAACAAGCAACGUCCUGCUUCGACUGUGGAUCCCUCUCCUGCCGAUCUCGAAUUCAUGCUCCGGACGGUAGCCGGUGUGAGCGCCCGUGCCCCCGAGGCACAAGGCGGUCUCUUGAACCAAAUCCGUGCAUUCAAUGCACAGCUUGAAUCUACUGCAAGUCGCCUGGAGCGAUAG